GUACACAUUCAUGUUAAAACUUGUUGCACUUGCACUUGCACUUGCUCCUUCUAUUCUGUCGAUCCUGAAUUCUCAAUCCAUUGGCAAGAAAAGAGAAAAGAGAGAUUGAAAUGAAGGUUGCGCCCAUCACAGUGUUCACGUUCCGAGACACGGAGGCCAUCUCACAAGCUCUUCACCCUAACCCUUCCUCCCCCCUCACCCGCAGAGAAGAAUCCUUCGAGUUCUCCUUGGAGCGCUAUGGAAUGAAGCAUCUCAAUGCGUCAGGGAACGUUUCUCACUUCGUUGAUGAUCGCGGCGCUUAUAAGGUGUCAAUUGUGGCUAUGGAGCAUUAUGAGCCACCAGUACUAGUUUGUGCUCUUAAUGAGGUCCUUGAUAAAAUUACGGCAGAUAAAUCAUCCUUGCCCCCUACACUUUUGGUGCCAUUUUUGGUGGAAUCAUCCAAGGUUAAAAGGCAAAGUAAAGCCCUAAGAUCAGAUGAAAGCAAAUCUUUAAUAUUUCGUAUACAGAUUGGUCAAAAUACAGAGAUAGCACAGGCCUUACUCAACAAAACCCAGGAGCUACCAUCUUCGUUACAGAUUCAACAUGAAACUUUUGCAUGUUUUCUUCACUUGGUUAAUGUAAUGCAGAUACCGACCUUUUUUCUAAUUGGACAAGCUAGUCAAUAUUUGGACAAUAAAUCCACCAAACAGCAUGAGAUAAUCCACAUGAUCGGUGAGAUUUUGGCUAGCUCUACUAGAUUGCAUUUUUCACAUGACAAAGUGGUAUGGAAUCCAGAAAAGACAAAAGGGGAAAGCAAGGAGCCAUGGCGUGCAUUAUAUGGUUGAAUCAUGGGUCGUUUACAUACUAACAUGAAACCAGUGUUUUCAUGAAUCUGAUUCUCAGAACCAUUGGGUUUUUUGUAUUAACUGUUUCCUUGAAAAUCUUUACAAGUUUUCCCUUCGUAUUUUCUGAAAUGUGUGUGUCAAUAGGAUGAAUGUUACCAUAGCAUGUAGCUGCUUGCUCUCUGUGUACAUGUGGGUUUAUUUUCAUUCAGCUGUCCAAAAGGACAAGGUUAGCUGAAUAGGUUUAACUGUCUAUGCUGUGGAUCACAUUAGAUACUCACUGUGUUACUUUGAUACCGUUACAGCUUUUAAAGGGAGUUAAAGUUGAGAAACGAGUUUUUAAAUUUUGUUUCUGUAGCAGAAACACUUUUAUGAAGAUGAGAAUUUCUGGUGUCUGUA